AUGAUCUUUCUCAUUCUCUUCCUGCUCCUUCCAAUAAUAUUCACCUUCCUGAUCACAAGAUACGCAUGUAUCAAAAACCGGGCACCUCUUCCUCCGGGUCCUAAACCCUUGCCUUACAUAGGGAGCAUAAUCACCAUGCUUCGUAACAGGCCUACGUUCAGAUGGAUACAUAGGAUGAUGGACGAAAUGAACACCAAGAUCAUUUGCAUUCGUGUUGGAAAUGUCCAUAUUAUAGCCGUGAGUGACGCAAAGAUUGCUCGGGAGUUCAUGAAAGAUAAAGAUGAGAUAUUUGCCUCAAGGCCCGAUACCAUGUCAAGUUAUCUCACUAGCAAGGGUUACUUGGACACCGCUCUUGUUCCAAUGAGCGAUUACUGGAAGCAGAUGAGAAGAAUCCUAGCUACCAAGAUUCUUUCGGAGAGUAGAUAUAAGUGGCUAAAAAACAAGCGAGACGAUGAAGCAAAUGAUCUGAUUAGGUACAUUUACAACCAAUGUGAGACCAAUGUUGUCGUUACCAAGGGGGUGAUGGAUGUGAGGAGCAUUGCAAGACACUACACAGGUAAUGUCACAAGACAUAUGGUGUUCGGGAGUAGGUAUUUUGGCAAGGGGAAUGCGGAUGGUGGUCCUGGGGACGAGGAUAUUGCGCAUUCUGAUUCAUUAGUAGUCAUUCCUCUUUACGUUUUUUCAUUCUGUGUGACGGAUUACUUCCCAUGGUUACGUUGGAGAACUGAUUUCGAUGGGCAUGAAAAAAUCAUCAGAAAUGCUCUUGGUAUUGCAAGAAAGUACCAAGAUCCUUUGAUUGAUGAAAGAAUUCAACAAUGGAAAGAUGGUGUUCGGACGGAAGAAAAUGAUUUGCUAGAUGUUUACAUUAACCUUCGAAAUCCUAGACUAACUUCGGAUCAGAUAAAAGCCCAAAUGCUCGAUCUGAUGCUAGCAAGUUUUGAUAAUACGUCAAACUGCAUCGAAUGGGCAAUUGCUGAAAUGAUAAAGGAACCUAAGAUAUUCGAUAAGGCACUCAAGGAGCUUGAUUUAGUGGUCGGAAAAGAAAGACUGGUACAAGAAUGCGAUUUGGUUCAUCUUAAUUAUGUCAAAGCCUGUCUAAGGGAGGCUUUUAGACUCCAUCCUGUAUCACCUUUCAACCUUCCUCAUGUAUCAACCGUCGACACCAUUGUUGCAGGGUACUUCAUACCAAAAGGUAGUCAUUUGUUACUGAGCCGACGUGGGCUAGGACGGGACCCUGAGUUUUGGGAUGACCCACUCAAGUUCAAUCCGGAUCGUCACAUAAAAGGUGAUAAUGAAGUUGUGUUAAAUGACCACAACCUUCACAUAUUGUCAUUUGGUACUGGUAGGCGUGGGUGCCCUGGUGUGUUUUUGGGUUCAACCAUUACUGUAAUGUUGAUGGCUAGGCUCAUACAAGGGUUCACUUGGGAAUUGCCAUCAAAUGAACCACAUGUUGAUCUAAACGAGAAUCUGCAUAAUUUAUGGAAGGCUAAACCAUUGUUGGUUGUUGUCCGGCCACGUCUACCUCAACAUCUUUAUACCACAAUUUAA